ACAAAAUAAAAAGAGGCAUAUAAAAAUCAGCUUUUUUUUCCAUUCGCGAUCCUUUUUUUUUUCCUUUUUGUUCAAUUCUCCUCUACCUUUCCUUUUUACAAAGAGAUGAAGUCCAUUGUUGCUGCCAUUGCUGCUCUUGCUAUUGCCGUAGUCUCUGCUCAAACCGGUGCUCCUAUCACUCCCCAUGCUCCUACCAAGGACCAAGUUCUUACUGCUGGUUCAACCACUGUCAUCACAUGGACUACUAACCCUGGCCACGACACCAUCUCUUCUAUCGACCUUGUUCAUGGUGAUCCUAAUUCCCUCGUUCCUGUCGUCAAUGGUCACGUUGCUGACAACGUCCCCACUGCUCCCGGCUCAUACAACUGGAACAUCCCUGCCGACCUCCCUGCUGGUACUGACUACGCCUUGAGCUUUGGUAAAAGUCCCGAUGUCACCUACACUCCUUUCUUCACCAUUAAGGCUGCUGGUGCUUCCGCUGGCAACUCUACUGGUGGUGCCUCUUCUGCACCUGCUGCCUCUGCUUCUGGUAAGCCUUCUUCUGGUGCCUCUUCUAGCGCUCCUGCUUCCUCUGCACCUGCUGCUGCCAGCUCUGCUCCCGUUGCUCCCAAGCCUGCUGGUCCUUCUCCUGCUGCUGCUAGCUCUGCUCCUGCUGGUUCUAGCGCUGCUGCCUCUUCUACUCCCUCCAAGACCCCCUCUAGCGCCAACAAGAACGUCGCUGCCAUGGGUGCCAUUGCCGCUGCUGGUGCUGUUGCUGCCGCUCUCUUUUAAAAGAGUUGUUAAAGUGUGAUCUUUUUAAAAAUUUUAUAUUCUAAACAUACACACUGCCUCAGAGUAUAUCUAAUUUUUUUUUAUAUAAAACAUUAAUAUAUUAUACCUUUUUCCCUUAAAGUAAGCUAAAAAUCUCUUUUGUUUAUUUUACAAUGUGAAGCAUGGUGUGUAACUCGG